AAAUUUGAUACGAUUACGAUGACCGUGAGAAAGACCGUGACCGCCACCACCAUCACCAUCGCUCAGAGUCCUCUGCAGAGCCCAAGACUGAAGCAGCCACUAAAGCCGCUUCUGUAUCUCCAACAACAACUACCGCAGACAGGAAGCAUAAAGGGAGCGUCUUCUCUCACAUAUGCGGCUUCCAAUGGUUACUACGAUGAACAUAAGUCAUCAUCAUCUGUUGCUGUUGCCAAGGCUGUUUCCACCGGUGUAAAGAAGAGCAGUAGCAGUGCGUUAGAUUAUGAGUCUAACGACGAUGAGCGGCAUUUCAAGAGGAAGCCUUCAAGGUAUGAAUCAUCGCUUCCACCAAUGGCUGAGAGGGAAGAUGAGCCACAACACUCAAAGGGGUUUAGAGAAUGAGAACGGAGUGGCUAUAGUAAACACAGAUAGAAUGUAGAAUGUUGGCUCUGGUAGUGUAGCUGCACUGCUUGCUUCUGCUUUUUCCUUUUCAUUUUUUUUUAUGCUGGCUACUGCUGCUGCUGCUGCAUUUGCAUCCUUGGUGCAGAUGAAAAAUUGUUGGCAUAUACACAAGAAACCCACUGAUUUUUUGCAUUAAUGUCAGGUUUUUUUGCUGCCCCUGUUCAAGUAAUCUUCUUGGGUUUGUUUGUUGAUCACAGUAGUUGGGUUUCACUUCUUUUGUUUUUUCGGUGAACUCUAUGUUAUGAAAUUUUGACAUGAUCUACUUGGAUUAAGGGUAAUUGGAUCUUGAUUUAGCUUUGGAUAUGAUUCAUUAACCUCUUGAUUUUCUGUUGCAUAUGAUGUACUGUUAAAUUCAGUUCACUUGGUUUUGUACAGUUUCCAUUAUAAUCUGAUUGGUGUUUGUUUUUUAUGUUAUUGAAUUUUUAUGAUGAUGGGUUGCUUACUUGAGUAAAUGGGUAUGGGAAAA